UCGUCCGCAGCAACCCCGCCUCCCGCGCCCGCCCCGCACGCUCGGCCGCCCGGGCUGGGGCUCGGUGCUGCGCUCGCGGCGCGGCGGGUGCGUCGGCGCGGCCGGGCAUCCCUCGGCCCGAGCGUCCCGGCAUCCCUCGGCGGGUGCAUCGCGGUGCUCGGGGCCCGGGCAUCCCUCGGCCGGUGCGUCCCGGUGCUCGCGGGCCGGGCAUCCCUCGGCCGGUGCGUCCCGGUGCGCGGGGCCGGCAUCCCUCGGCCGGUGCGUCGGUGCGCGCGGCCCGGGCAUCCCUCGGCCGGUGCGUGGGCGCGGGGCCGGCUGGGCGCUCGAGGCGCGGCGAGGCGGGUGCGUUGGCGCGGCCCGGGCGUCCCUCCGGCUCGCGCGUUGGCGGCGGCUCCCGGAGUCCCGCUGCCGAGAUGCUCAAAGUCACGGUGCCCUCGUGCUCCGCCGCGACCUGCCCGUCGGCCACCGCCACCGUGUCCCCGGCCCCUACCGGCCCCGUCGCCGAUUACUGGAUCGACGGUUCCAACCGGGACGCGCUCAGCGAUUUCUUCGAGGUGGAGGCGGAGCUGGGACGGGGUGCUACAUCCAUUGUGUACAGAUGCAAACAGAAGGGGACUCAGAAGCCUUAUGCCCUCAAAGUGUUAAAGAAAACAGUGGACAAAAAAAUCGUGAGAACUGAAAUAGGAGUUCUUCUUCGCCUCUCACAUCCAAACAUUAUCAAACUUAAAGAGAUCUUUGAGACUCCUGCAGAAAUCAGUUUGGUCCUAGAGCUCGUGACAGGAGGAGAGCUGUUUGACAGGAUUGUGGAAAAAGGAUACUAUAGUGAACGAGAUGCUGCAGAUGCAGUUAAGCAGAUCCUGGAGGCUGUUGCUUACCUCCAUGAAAAUGGAAUUGUCCAUCGUGAUCUCAAACCAGAGAACCUUCUCUAUGCAACUCCAGCCCCAGAUGCACCACUCAAGAUUGCUGACUUCGGGUUGUCUAAGAUCGUGGAGCAUCAGGUGCUCAUGAAGACAGUAUGUGGAACCCCCGGGUACUGCGCACCUGAAAUCCUGAGAGGCUGUGCCUAUGGGCCCGAGGUGGACAUGUGGUCUGUGGGGGUGAUCACCUACAUCCUACUAUGUGGAUUCGAGCCAUUCUAUGAUGAAAGAGGUGAUCAAUUCAUGUUCAGAAGAAUUCUGAAUUGUGAAUAUUAUUUUAUUUCCCCCUGGUGGGAUGAAGUAUCUCUAAACGCCAAGGACUUGGUUAAAAAGUUAAUUGUGUUGGACCCCAAGAAACGGCUAACAACCUUCCAAGCUCUCCAGCACCCGUGGGUCACCGGGAAAGCAGCCAAUUUUGUUCACAUGGACACUGCUCAGAAGAAGCUCCAGGAAUUCAAUGCCCGGCGCAAGCUUAAGGCGGCGGUGAAGGCCGUGGUGGCCUCCUCCCGGUUGGGCAGUGCCAGCAGCAGUCACAGCAACGUCCAGGAGAACCAGAAGGCCAGCCCGGAGCCGUCUCCGUUCCUCGGCACCGCUGGCGGGGACGUGGAAGCUGUCCCAGGAGAGAGAGCACCCGGAGACGGAGCCCAGGGGGCCGCUGAGGGGGGCGCAGCCCGGCUGGCAGGCACGGCGGAUGGGGCUAGAGGUGCCGCCCAGGGCUCUGGAAUGGUGCCCGGGGCACCAGAGGAUGGGCUCAAGGAGGCUGACGCUGUGGAGGAGGAAGUGGAGGAGGAGAAGGAGGAGGAGGGCCUGGUGGCUGUGAGGUCUGUGGAGGAAGCCAAGAGCGAGGAGAAGCCUGCCCUGGGGGCUGCCCAGCAGAGCGAGGUAGUCCUGCCAGAGGACUGAGCUGGCGUCCUUGGCUCGAAACCCAAUCUCUGCGUUUAAUGCAUUUUGUCUCUCAGCAAAGAAAGUGUGGAAGCAUGAUAUGCACUGUCGUGAUUCUGUUUUGAGGUGCAAAAAAUACAUAUAUAUCAGUUGGUAAUUUAACUUCAAUGCAUGUGACUGCUUUAUGAAAAAAAUAGUGUCUUCUAUGGUUUGUUAUGGAUACUUCAUACGAUGAGUUAAAUUUGAAAUUGCAAGUAAACACAAGAUAAUAUUUAAAGAAAAAAACAUACAUUUUCAGGGACCAGUGGCACACAUUUGAGGUAAACAUUAACAUGUUUUUGCUUUGAAAAUCUUGUUUAUUCUCUUUGUAUUUCUUCCCAGGGUAGUGAUUGCUUUUAACCAUUGCUCAGCUGAUGCUAGGUAUAAGAUGUGUUCCCAUGAGCAACCAUCACAUUUUACUUUUCAUUAAUGUUUUUAUAAUUGUUUAUAGGAAUAUGCUUAUGAAUUAUAACUGUAUGGUAUGUGAAAAACAAAUUUCUACUUACAAUGACAUGAGUUAAAGCAUACUUUUAAAGGUCAUGAAACAUUAUAUCCCUUAAGCUUGUAUGGAGAAUGCUUUUAUAAAUUAUGUCUUAACUUAAACAUACAAUACUACCAGUAGCCAAAAAUGUCCUGUCCUAUGAUUCUGCCAUCUACAGUUCUGGACAAAGAUUUUACAAACCCAUGCCGAGGAAUGUAUUCUUUUCUUUACCUGCUCUAGCUCAUGAGAUAUCCCUCAGAGAAACAACAUGAAAUGAAGUAGCAUGAAAUGAAGAAAGGUAGGGAAGGAAAGGAGAUAAGAAUUGGAUUUAAAUUAGCAAAUAUUGGCUCUGCUUCAUAUUCCAGGAAAAAAUGAAUAUAUUCAUGAGGUUGCACAUUUGAAAGAUAGGAACGCUUUCAUUGAUGAGCUCUGCAGUUACCAAGGUUUCAAUACUUAGGAAAUCUAGCUACCACAUGGGCUAGGGACACAAUAACUGGGUGUGAUGGGAAUGUUCUAUUGUGAGAUUAUUGUCAACUUUACAAAACUAGAGAAGCAAUUUUUUGAUAAAAAUUGAUGGUAUCUGAAUAUAGCUUGUUAACUAAAGGUGCUUCUGAAAAGCUAGUAUAACAUUUUUCCUUCUUAAAAUGGAAAUGCCCGCAUUUCACAAGAUAGUUUUGAACAUUUUCAUGUCAAGAAAUGUAGGAUUAUGCAGAUUUUUAUUUAUCCUAAAGAAAAAAAUCAAAAGUAAAGAAAAAAAUCUCUGAAUUAAAAAUUAGACUCUUGAGAACUGUAGCAUUAAGUCAAAUAUCUCACUAUCAUUUUUUAGAUUUUUCUUUGAUGUUCAUUAAAUACAUUUCCCUUACAGAAACAUUUCUAGUCAAUUCCCCAGAUGUAUUUGUAAAUUGAGUUGGAAGUAAUCUUAUUAUGACAUAUUCCUAGUAUAUUUCCUUAAUUUUAUAUUAAAAAUUUCCUUAAGAAAUCAAAAAUUAUCAUCAAGACAAUUGAAUUAGAAGCUAGAAAUAAAUCUCUGGUUUCUAGGGGCUACUGGGCCUCAAUAGCCAUUGUCCUUCUCAAAUACAAAUUUUCCUGUAGAACACUUAAGAGAGGAAAACUGGGUAGGUUUCCUACCUUCCAGUGUAAGGUCUCACUCCGACAGAUUACCAACGAACAAAGGCAUGUCAUCAGAACUCAAAGAAAGAUUAAUUUGUGUUUCACAUUACUGAUGUUAACUCUGUCUUCUAUUUUUCUUUAUUCCUCCUUUAUGCUCUCUCAGAUUUUCUGUUGUCAUUAUGAAGGUCUAUUUUUAACAUUAAGGGUGGCUACUUAACUUAUCACCAAGAUUUUCAAUCAAUUUCCUCGUGUGUUUAUCCCAAUGAGACCUAGUAGUAGGUAUACCAAGUAAGCAUUCCAUGUAGUGGAAGAGGGAGGAGUGAGAAAGGAGUCCUAUUACAAGUGGCAGUUCGGGUAUCAGAACAGCCCACCCCUCCCCAACCCUUCUCAUGCCAAUUCCAGCUCAGCCAUCACUGCCAUGCCCACCUCAGGCCUGGCUGCCCUGUGGAUGGAAGUGCCUACACAGAGAACACUUUCAGUCAUCAGGUGGAAACAAGUCAAGUCAAACUUUCACGAAAGUUGGUUCACCCAAGAUUUCAUAAAAAUACAACCCAAGGAGAAUAAUUAAGUUAGCACUUUUUGAGGAAUCAAAUGCUUAUUUUGCUUGUCAAAAUGGGAUGUAUUAUCUAUCUCCAAGUCCCUUACCUAAAUAAUGCUGUACGAUUAUAAAUAGAUCCCUAUUUGACAAACUACUUCAUAAGAUCACCUUAAUAUAGUGAAAAAACAAAAUACUUCAGAAAACUAUACCAUAUGGUCACCCCAAUAUAGUCACAAAACAAAAUAGAGAAUUUCAGCAAAGAGAAAUAAAUUGUUUUGCAUUUUAGAGGUAAAAUUGAUGGUUUUGUUUUGGAAAAAAAGGUAUAUAUAUGUAUAUAUAUAGGUAUAUAUAUAUUUGGUAUAUAUAUAUAUUUGCAUAUAUAUAAGGUAUAUAUAUAUUUGCAUUAUUUGCCUAUUUAAAAAGUCUAAUUGGGAUCUUGUGAUUUUUCUCCAACGGUAAGAGUUUAUUUAUCACACAGAUAUGAUAGGCCUCAAAAUAAUAUGAUAGUAGAAGUUAUCAUCUAAAAUAAGUAUUGUCUAAUAUAAAAAUUGCAAGACACAUAAGUAAAUUUUUUUCAUAUCACAUAAAUUUUUUAAAUGUCAAAAUAAUUGUAUAUUUUAAUGCAACAUAUUAAAACUAUUGGUCCAAUACAUAAUCAUUAUAAAAAGGAACAUGAUAUUUUGAAUUUAAAAAAUUUUUAUACUAAAUUUUCAAGAUCAGGAAUACAUGUUAACCAUUUAAUACAUCAAGUGCUCAGUAGCCACAUGUGACUAAGUGGUUGCUGUACUAAAGUAACAUUACUCUAGAGCAGUGUUUCUCAGCCAGGAGUAAUAAUGCUCUAGAGCGGUGUUUCUCACCCAGGAGUAACAGUACUCCAGAGCAGUGUUUCUCAGCUGGGAGCCUUUGGGACUUCAGGAUAUUCCAAGGGUCAAGGUGACAAUAACAUAAAUAGGGUUCUGUGGCAUGAACCUAGGGCCGAGCAAGUGGAACAGAAUGCCACAGGAAGAAAACAAGAGAGGGAGAAGCUUGCAAAAAACUGGUAUUGAGGAUAUUUUUUUAAGAAAAAUGAUGCCUGAACUUCUAUGCUUCACUGAGCUGUCUCAAUUUUCCAUACUUGGGAACUUGGAGAAAAGCCAAAAAGAGCGUUUCAGAAAACUCAUAGACCCAAAGUGAGAACUUCACUGGCCCCUUGUGCUCAUUCUAAUGCUUUAGAGGACGUGUUUCCUAACGUGACUUUUAGCUAAUAAUACUUUCCUAGGUAUAGAUGCAAUGUUGCUUGGCCAUAGUUCCUCUAACACCUCUCUGAGCCCUGGACUCUGACCACAAGCUGGAGUCCCCUGAGCACUGCCAUGGAGCAUGGUAUUCGUCUGUACCCAAAUCUACUGUGAGCACCCCGUGUCCCAACUCUGGUCAGGAAGAACAGCACAUAGCAUCUACUAAGGUUCUGGAAACUAGGACAGGCGUGGACACCAACUCUGUCACAGUAUUUCCUUCAUUGUACUGAAACACUGCAAACUGGGAAGAUUGUAUAAUGAUGGUAUCAUACUAGUUACUUCCAAAAUGUGAAUUUGACUGUUGAUCAGCAUUUUAUUAAAUUUUCUUAGAAAGAUAUAAUCAACACUGCCAUUACUCAUAAUACUUAAAAAACUUUUGUAGUUUUAAUGCUGUUUUAGAAUACUCUCAAGAUGGCUGCGACAGCCAUUCUAGGCUGGCAUCAAAAGGAGGGAUGGUUCACAUUUACUAUGACCUCAUUUACAUAAUAUUUAAAACAUUUUGUGAUUUAGGAUGUUCAUUUGGAAAUCCGUUUUGUCAGUUUCACAGGCCAAGUUGGUGGCUUAAUUUUGUAUAUAUCUGCCAAAGCAAGCAGAGGCUGAUUACUUACAUAGGUUUAUAUUCAGGGAGAGCCAUUUUGCUCCAUAAUCCAGCUUUUCACAAAAACAUCUGAAUGCAUGUCAAAUUGAAAAAAAAGGAUAAAAUUAAUGCACCAUUAUGCUUUAUGAUUGUUCUUGCAAAGUUAAAAAAAAGUCAACAAAAUGAAUGAACACAAAAUUUUACUUAAAGGUUGAUUCCUCAUAAUUAACAUAAAUAUACUGAGCAGAAUAAGUCUCAUAAUUAUAAGGCCAUAUUGCAUAACUCAUUUCAGAGUGUUCACCCUGGCUAUCUGACUUGAUGUUGCAAAUUUUUCAGACAUUUACCUACAUAGUUGGAUUUUUAAUAUCUUUGUUAUGAACAUCUAUAAUUGGUCAUAUUCCUGCUUCCUUAAUGAUCAUCAUUAAUAUGUUUCUGAUCAAGAAUGUUGCUAACAUUUAAAUGUCUACCAUUGAAUUCUGUUAUUGGCUAGACUUUAUGUGUGUCAUAUUUUUUAAACACGUAUGCACAGAAAACCUAGUCGUAUUAUAACAUGAAUAAUCACAUGAUAGGCAGGAAUGUACCAAUAGUUUCUAUAAAAUUUUUCAAAGUCUUCUUCAUCCCCUGGCAAAACUCAGGGUAAGUUUCUUCUCCCCAACAAAUAGAAAAAGAGCAUUAGCAAUAUAUUAGCUACCCAUUGAUGGUAACUUAGUUCAUCAUUUAAUCUCAAUUCACAAAUUCAACACUUUGUGGUAUACUCCAGAAAGUUUGGUUGGCCUGACUUUUAACUUCCUCCAUCCUAUUUCCUGUCAUCUGCCCCAGCAGUCAGUCCUCCUUUGGCCAAAUUGAAAUCAUGCCCCAAGAGUGGUCCACCUGAUCCCCUCACAGCUAUGACACCACAGGACUCUGGGCAUCUUUUCCGCUUGAGUUCAAAUGUGCCAAAUUGGAAAAUCGUCUUUUCAUGCUUUGAUGAAAGUGAUACUGCUUGAAUACUGGUGUAGUGAUUAUUGCCAUUAGUGAUUAAUGAAAGACUGGGAUUCCACAAGUCUUAGAUUCCAUAAGAUCUCUGCAUGUCUUAGUUUGCAACCACUUGUCCCUAGGUGAAUGUUUUGUUUUGUUCUCUCUGACUAUCAGGUCACCUGCUAGGAAAGUGAGAUCCUGAACAAACCUGGAAGUUUAUCCUAAACUGGAGAGACAUGUUCCCUGGAUAGUCCAAAAGUUGAUGUGAAAAUAUAAACAUCAAUGCUAAGCUGAAAACUCGUGUAAUGCCUCCUAAUAGUUGUCUUAAGCACAUUUUUAAAGUUUGACCUGGAAAACCCAAGGAUUUGGACACUUAGAUUCCUAUUAUCUUUGCUAUAUUGUUAAAAUGAUUUGCUCUAUUGUAAUGUCCUGUCUGUCAAAUAAUCUUCAUUUUUCAUUUAAAAUACUGUUUCAGGCUAUUCAAAUACAAUAUGCUUCACAUUGUUGAGAAUUUUUGAAAGAUGUUUUCUCUAAGUAACUGAAGGCCAUACAUGGUAUGUGUAUAGUAGUUAAUGUGGUUUACAAAGAAUACAAGUAUAACUAUAAAUUUAAAACUACAAUGUCAUAACUGUUCCUUUUAACCCGGCCUGUUUUAUACUCUAUCAGGCAAUUAAUAUAUGGUAGUAUAGAAAAAAAUAACAUAUUUAGGGGUUGGGUACAGUUUUAUGUUUUUAUUGUCAAGGUCACUAUCUUAGAAGUUCAUGCUUACUUUUCUUCAUGUACCAUUAGUCUCAGUAAAAUUUUUAUGUUUCUCCUCAAAGCCAAAAGAAUUAUCUAGUCUGUCCAUUUGUUAUGUAGUUAAGUCAAAACAAUGUAAUACUAGUACUGAAUUCCUGGCUGGUUGGUGUUGAUGUUACCCUUGUAAUUUAAAAUGUCUGUGAGUUCAGAGUAGGAACGGAUGGAUAGACAGGUGUUAAAUAAUUCCUAUGUCCAAUGAACUCAGUGUAUCAGGCAAAAAGGAUUUUUAGUAAAGGAGUUGGGGCUAAUGUUUAUACUCUUUCUUAUUUUAAUGCCAACCAUUUUAUCUAUGAUCUUUGUAAUAUGCAUAUAAAACUUAAAUGUGCAUUUUUAGAAAAAUAAUUUCCUUAUUACCCAAGGAAAUAAAAUCUCAAAUGAACAAUUUUCAGAAGUCAGGCAAAUCCACCAGAGGCCUGUAUUUAUAAAUAAAAUUUUAUUAGAACAAAAUCAUUCUAAUUUAUUUAUGUACAGUCUGUGCCUGCUUUCACACUGGUAGGACGGAUUUGAUAGUUUCACUAGAGAUCAGAUGUCCAUAGUAAGCCUGAAAUGCUCAUCUGACACUUUACCAGAAUAUACAUGCACACACAUACCAGGAUAAGCCCGAUUUCACAUCACUCAUUCCCUUUUUGGUAACAUUUAGGAAUAUGGAUUACCAUACUCCUGUUUUUGUUUUAAGAAUUUUAGAUUAAGAUUCUUAACUCCAUUUGCUUCUUAGGAAGUUAGCAGAGUCACAAUAAUAACUGCAUUGGCAGGAAAGUGGAAUGUUAAAAUUUCCCUAAUGAAUGAAAAUUUCUAAAUUGAGUCAUUCCUGAAAAAACUAACAAAGUAUAAAGAGAAUUAAAAAUAUUUCUAGCAUUUUAAGCAUAUUUCAGAAAUGUUAUGUAAUCAGGUAAAUUAUACCAUACACUUGCUCACAUUUAAGUCUGUCUGCAGCUGUCAUUUAGUAAACUAAGAACCUGAGGUGCGACUGAUUCUGUCUUUCCAAAUAUUUUCAGGUAGCAUGUCAAUUGGGAUUUUAUUUAAGCACUGGCUACAUAAGGUGCUUUAUUUGUAACAUUCUGCUGCAGUGACUUGCUGAUCAAUAGUAGCUCAGCCAGUGUCUAUAUGAAAUGUUGAAAUGUUUUGAAAUUAAAAAAAAAUUGCAAUUUCCGAAUUUCAGUUAUAAAUGCAUGCUUGAUAUGUUGGUCAACAGAAAACUUUUAGGUAAAAGAAAUUUUCCAAUAUCCAUGCUCUUCUGAGGGUUAUCUAUUUCAUUUCUCACUCAGAGUGGGGCUUGAGUAAAUGCUUUGCUUUACCUUUCUUAGACACUUAGAAAUCUUAAGAAGGGCCCUUCUCUUGCUCUAUUUUUGUCUCAGAGAAAUUAUUCAUUACAGAGAAUCUGUCUUAAGGGAAGCAGAUGACCCAGAUAUUGAGAAAUUUAGGGAUCUUUGAGGUUUGUAGUUGAGCAUGCAUGCCCUAGCCAAUAGAUUAUAAAUGAGAUAAUGGGAUAGUAUCAGAUUAUUAUUAGGAAUGCAUAAUAUUACAUUACAACUCUAAUAACAUAAGAUAGCUACUAUUAAACUCAGGAACAACAAUAGCCAAAAAUGAAUUUCUGCUUAUUCCUCAAGAGGAAAAGUUCACUAGAAUCAGAGACAAAAGGUGACAAAAUGUACAUUCAGAUUCCACAUUUUCACCUGCCCAGUUUUCUUUCUAGCUCAGUUUUCAAGUGAUGAAUAGACUUACAAAUACAAAGUAAGUAGCUAUUUUCCCUAGUACCAUUCCAGAACGACGAAUUAAACAAUAAUAGUCCAGAGGCUACUGGAAUUAGUUUGCCAACAAAGGGGCAUGAUUUACUAAUUGUGAAACUUCGCAGGAUUAGCUCAUUCCAACAACCUGGUUUCCUACUAAAUUCACAGAGAAACUGUUUGCUGACGGAGUGAGAGAUUGAUUAAACCCAGUGCAACCUUUAAGGAGACAGCUUUGUAGUUUGGGAGAAAACCCUUUGCUCCCUGUUGGCAGGCAGAGAACUCUAAAAUGAAGGGAAAGCUCCCUUCUGCCUGAAAUGGUAAAGGAAACCUCUUGAUUUCAUAGGCUGCACCUGAAGGAUGGAGAGCGGCUUUGUACGGAGGAGGAGCAGAGGGAUGUCUGGCUGAGUAUAAAGUGGAAGUACUGAGGGAGUCACUGGCAAUGAAAGGCUGUACCACUGCCCCUGUGAAAGCUGCUAAUCUGCUGACCUGUCUCCAUCUUGUGAGAGAGUCAGACCCCUCAUUCCUUUCCUAUGCUGGACUGUGUCCAGCCUUUCCUCGGAGCACCUAACUACCUGGGAUCUCCUGUAAAUAUAGCUAAUCAGCACCCUAAUAGAAAUUACCACCCAACACAUUGAAGAAAUGUUUGCAAGUCAUCAGUUGAAACAAUCCUGUGGCUGAAAGCAAAAGCUGUGUCGGCCAGGACUCCAACAAAGGAGUAAAUAACAGUAAUUAUCUGACCAAGUUUUGCAGAACUCAAAUUCCAAAUAAGUUCCUGGUUUCCAGAAAUUCACUUCACUUCUUGCCGAAGGAGGUCCACACAAGGUUCCUAUUGUAGUCGUUAUUUAAUGAAACCUGAAUGGAAAAGGUGGUCUCCACUAAAUUUGAGACAGAAUUGAAAAUUUAGACUUCAGAGGAUAAUUUGUAGCAUAUAUGUGGGCCAUUUUAAUUUCCUGGCAAGGGUCUCAAUUCAAUAUCUGACACUGUAUGUCUUCCAAGUGUUGUGGGUGUGAUUCUGGUGGCCCCAGAACGCUGUCACUGAACCAUCUCACCUCACUGGCUGAGUCACAGGAGUGGUCCUGGACUCCUGAGUACUGCUUAGACUCCAUACAAAUCAAAACAAACAAAAAAAUUUUAAGGGAAAAAAUGUGCAAAGCUAAGUCUCAGAAAUAAAAAUUUUCAGAAUUGUAUUCCCCAAAUAAUCUGGAUCAUUCCUUUCUUCAUUCCUCUUUACUUUCCCCUUAUACACCCUUUGAUAAAGUCCUUUGUGUAUCACUCAGUUUUAGGCAGUAUUUUGUAGCUACCUUCAAGAAACAUUUUAAAAACAAUUUACCAAUCAGGAUCUUACAUGUGUGUAUACAUAUAUAUAUAUAUAUAUAUACACAUAUAUAUUUACAUAUAUAUAUAAAGAGAGAGAGAUCUGUAUAAACACACAUGUACCUAGCUGUCUUGCACUUUGCUUAAGAUAAUGUCUUUGAUUAGUGAAUGCCUGAAUUACUGUUCAGGGCAAAGAAAUAAGGGAAUAAAGAUUGACUAUAGUCUGAUGGAUGAGGAACUAAUACCUAGAGAUCCACCACAGAGGAAACAUUAAAGAGACUGAGAAAGAAUAAAUUCUUACUAGGGAUUUUCAAGCUUAUGUGACAUUAUUUGGUGUAUCUUUUCUAGUUAUUCCCAGAGGAAAAUUUAUAUUUGUGGGAUGCUGCAAGUUUUCUGGACUGGAAGGGCAUAAGCAAUUCAAUCACAGUGUUGAAUUACAAUGUGGAACAGGAAAUGAAUUUCUUCAGUAGCAUACUUUAGACUGCAAAAAACUAGCCAAAAAUAAGUAAAUGUAGAAUUUGGAGGACAAAUUUAAAAAACUUGUUUACACAACCAAGAGGACCUACUAGCUUCUCUGCUUCUGAUGGAAAGCACUGGUAAGGACCUGUGAACAUUUUUUUAAUCCUGUCAAAAUGGUGCUAUUGACUCCUUAUUACAUAUAUAUCUGACAGCGUUUUCAGGAAAAUAUGUUAAACCUGACCUGGUCACAAAUGUAAAUACAGAGAAUGUUUGUAGAAAACUCAGCAACAUCAUGCCCAUUUGCUUUUGGUUGAACUGCGGUCCCUGCCCCUGAAUAAACACAGUAGUCACUGCUUCUUGCCACCCAAAGCCGAGGCAGACUUGACAGCUGCAGAUAACUGGUUUAUUUCCCCUCGAACUCAGGUAGGACAGCCCAAUUAAAUGAUGAAAUAACACUCAUUUGUUGAUGUUUCCCAGGGAACACAAAGAAUAUGUGACUUCUGAGGCAAAUUGGAUGUUGUUAGAUUAUUGGAAGUGACCUUAGCAAGGGCCUGUGUUACUCUGUUAAGUUCACUCAGAUGUGUCAGAACAUGCCAGACAAAAGAAGCAUGUAUUUUGCUGCUGGGGAGUUUGUAAAGCUAUCUGCAUGUACAGUAUAAUAAUAAAUCAUCAAAGAGUUCAUCAAAAUUGUGCAUUCUGUAAUCCGAAAUGUUACAAUUCAAGAAUAACACAACAGACAUUUUUCUUGUAUCUGAUAUGUUACACUGAAUAUUUCCUUGAUUUUUUCCCCAAAGAAGAAGAUUAUACUUUGAACUUCA